GAUGCUCGAGUGCCAAAUCAACACAAAUGGAUAAGAAAAGGUCUAAGCCAUCAAGUGCCCAGUUUAGGAAAAAGAGGAAAGAAGAGGAGAAAUGCGCAGAAGAUAAAGGGGCACUUCUGAAAUAUUUUGGAGCACCCUCUGGCACUAGCCAGGAUGAGGAGCCAUCUACCUCCUCUGCCACACAGGCCUAUUCAGAAAUUAUCUCAGAGCCUCAGGAUGAGGAUCCAUCUACCUCCUCUGCCACACAGGCUUCUUCAGAAAUGAUCUCAGAGCCUCAGGAUGAGGAUCCAUCUACCUCCUCUGCCACACAGGCUUCUUCAGAAAUGAUCUCAGAGCCUCAGGAUGAGGAGCCAUCCACCUCCUCAGCCACACAGGCCUCUUCACAAAUGUUGUCUGAGCCUGAGGAUGAAGACCCAUUUGCUUCCACUUCUCCCCACCAGGAUUCUUCAGAAAUGCCUGUAGCAGCAUCCCCACCAAACCCUGCUGCUGAGGAUGAACCACUGUCUACAGACCCUGCUGACUGGCCUUCAGUUCUGACUGACAGAAUUCAGACACAACUAGUUUGCAGAGGACAAAGUGAGGUACCACCUAACUUUGUUUCCCCAAGGAAUGAGAGUGAUAGAAGAAGUUGCCACCACCAGAAAAAUGCCUGUAGCAGCAUCCCCACCAAACCCUGCGGCUGA